AUGGACAAACAAAAUCUUAAUUCACAGUCAGAGCCAACUACUUCGUUAUCCUUACCUCUGAUUUCGGUUUCCAAAAUGACUACUUCAAUUCCCAGAAUAAAUAUUCCUCCGCCAGCCUCAAUCACCUUGUCUUCAACUCCACAAGCUCUCCUCACAGCUUCUCCAUCAUUGUUAACAUCUUCACUGGCUGCAUCUUCAUCGUCAUCAUCAUCAUUCACAGUUCAUUAUCCAAAGUUGAUUACUUCAUCUACUGACACAAACUUCCAAGGUGGAAAGAUUGUGCAUCAUCUUGGACAUGGAACAACUUUGAUGUCAAAAGGGAAGUUGAGAGACAUGCAGCCUGUGAAGAUAGAAGUUAACCUGACUGCUGACAUCAAGCAGGAGAGACGAGACGAUGUGCUGCCAGGACCGUCAUCGAGAGGUGAUGAAUCUAGCAGCACAUAUCAGCAACCGCUGAAGAAGAUGAAGAUUGAGUUGAAAGAGUCAGGUGUGUGGGAAGCCAAAAUGAACUCAAAUGAUAUCAUCCUGCCCAUCGCCAUUUCAACAAACAACAACAACAACAUUAACAACAACGAUGAUGACGACGACAACGACGAUGGGGAAGGCGAAGGUCCAAUCGAUUACAAGUCGCGAUGGAUAGCUCUCAUCGAAGAUCAGAUGCAGGAAGCCGUCAAGUAUUUCAAGUUUUACAUCUCCGAGUUGUUCUUUCUUGAGGGGGGGAAUGAUUUCAUCGAUUAUUUCAUCUGGGUGAAAAAACACAACCCGUCUUACUACGAGUUCCUCAGUCGGAUGGCCAUCGAGCAUAAUGUUGACAUUGAACUGGUUCAAAGUGAUGAGACAAAAGGAGUAGCAACAAGCAGUGGAGUUAUGCCCACCAUCACCCCUGUUGCCAUCUCCAAGACUUUGCCUCCAGCUAUCACUGAACUGCUGAAGCAACAACAAAACAACAACAACGUUAACAACAACAACAAUACAAGUGCAGACGGUCAGACUAAAAGGCACAUAAGUGGUUUUCAUAGUGUUGUCUAUGGCCCUCUCUACUUAACCAAUAAAUGCACAAGUUUCUCUGGACCUCUCGUCCCAGGUGGCAUGCCACUGAGCACGACAGCAGCAACCACAACAAUCGGCUCACCUUCCUCAUUCACAUCUCUCUUCAACUUUGAUAAUUCUGUCAUCAAUGGCGACAAGAUCGUUACUACCUCAACUACAUCGACGCUCAUGUCGGCAGCUGUUAAAAUAAAACCCGCCUCUGUAACUAAUGCUAAGCAGGUGGCUAUGAUGGAGUCGCCAUCAUCAUUUGUUGGCAAUAUCAACAGCAACAGCAGUUACCAUGACAACCAACCUAAGAUCAACGCAUUAGCAGUUACAAGUUAUGCUCAAACCAAACUUAAAGACGUUAAAGUCGCCUCUACAAUAGCUACAGCUGCAGCGGUAUCAUCACCCCUGCUUGCAGCUACAACAAAUGCCACAUCAGAGGCAGCUAUUGUAGAACUGGCAAAACAGGAAGCCAAGGUGAUGUACCGCAUAGCAGAACUGCGUCGUCAGGGUCUGUGGUCACUGAGGAGACUGCCCAAGGUUAUGGAGACUCAGAGGUCAAAGUCCCACUGGGACAUGCUGCUCAGUGAGAUGCAGUGGAUGGCUGUGGAUUUUGCACAGGAAAGAAGGUGGAAGUUGGCAUCAUCUGCCAUGCUUUCUACAAAUGUAGUGAAGAACAACGGAAUGAAGAGGAGAAUGGAGCAGAAAGUGCAAGAAGAGACUAGAAAAAGAAAGCUAGCCAGAAGAGUUGGAUCUAUUGUGAAUGAUUUUUGGAAGGAUAAUUUGGAGACUUAUCUGUAUAGGACCCACAAAUGCGUUGAUGAGACUAGUGAUCAGCUACUGGAAUACAUCUUCAACGAGGCAGCCAGACCGACUCACAAGAAUCUCGUCUCCAACAUCGACCCUAACAUGGCGGCGGCAUUCUCUGAUUCAGAAGAUUCGAAUUUUGAACUGGAGUUGAAUGACCUGCUGACACAAGCAAAGAAACCUAUAGAAGAAGUGAUAGAUGAGAAUUAUAACGGCUACCAGUUGAACGAUGCAACUUUUCCUUCCUUCAUGCACGGCGAUGAUGAUUACGAUCGUCAGAUCGAUGGUGAUGAUUAUGAUUCUCACGUUGUUGGUAAUGAUGACGAUGAUUACGACUACUAUCCUGAGGAUUUUGAUUCCAACUAUCUUCCUGGGGAUGAGUCUGACGACGCUGAAGAUGACAGCAGUUUACCUGCUGGGGAGGAAGUUGAUAGCGCUGUGUCAAUUAAAGAAGAAAAGAUUGCAUUUGAGACGAUUGAAGAUUUCAUCUCUUCUUGUCAUUCUUUCACUUCAUCAUUUUCAUCGACAUCAACAUCGCCUAAAUCAUCACAGCCCCAACAACUACUCACACCACCUUCCUUAUUUUCGUCAUCACUCGUCACACUGAAUCCGCCCCAAAGCAAAAAGUUGCAUGAAAUAUUCGAACGCUGGUUGUCGUGGAUUCCACACCUGGAAAUGCAAUCCAGAUGUCAUCAGCGUGGAAACACUCGUUUAGAUGAUGUGGAAUGCAUAACACCUGUAGUACAUCACCUGGCCCAGCUGGCUUUCAACAAUUGUGAUUGGGGUUGUCAUCUGGUUAUCGUUCAGGAGCGCAAACAUCUCUAUACAUGGAAGAAUUUAUUCUGGAAGUUGUUUCCAGGAUUGGAUGUGGCUGUGGUUAUUGGUGGAGAGGAACGUAGCGGUAAGGAGGAAUAUGAUGAUAAGGAAGCUGAAGUUAUGGUUGAUGAUAAUACGAGGAAUGCCAGAAGAACUAAAAAAAUUUUUAAGAAAUUAUCAAAGUCUGUCAAUGUCUGCCUGGCAACUGCUGCCACUGUGAUGAAUAACUUGGAAACUGUUCAGUCCAUUCAGUGGAGAACUCUAGUACUUUACAAGAUUGCUGAUUCACAUUCGUAUGCAUCUCUGGCCCCUCUUAACUGCCGACAUCUUAUCGUUCAUUUCGAUCCAGUUUCAUUAUCGUCGCUGCUUACCUCCUCGGACAUCAUCGUUACAUCGUUACCAUCGCUGCUGUCAUCACUGACGUCAUCAUCGUCGUCGUCGUCGUCUUCAGUUCUGGCAUCAUUGUCACUGGAUAUGAAACGGUUUCUUAUUUCGCUCGCUAAACUCUGCCUGCCUUCCAAUCUAAAGGCAGCACUGCAGGGAAUCAGAGGUGCUGAUGGAAAAAGUGGGAAGGAUGACGCUGCAAGUGGUGAGGAUGUUAGUGAUGACGACGAUGAAGAGAGCAAUGAUCAGCUGAAUCUUAUAACUGCUGCUAAGGUAUUGUUACCAUUGAUGGGAGAGCAGCAGAUCACUGAAGGUCAUGUCACUGAAGGUCAUGAUGCUGAAGGUCACUCGUCUGUCACACUCUAUGAUGUGUCCACGUGUUUGUCUAGCAAGCAAAUUCGGAAGAUACAAAAACUUGAAGAUGGCAAGAGGUCAAGUUUGAGUUACCUGUACGAGCUGCAGAGCAUCUGUGCUCACCUGGAUGACGAUUGUGUUGACGACGGUUGUGUCCUCAUCAAGGAUUCCUUGACUCUACCUCAUUUUAAGAGUUUACAGUGUAAAUUACCUCAGAGAGGCGGGGUGCAGACAGGCGCUCUUCAGAGAUUGCUUAAUAUAACCUCCAGAGAGUAUCCAGACAAACGACCGACGAUGAAAAUGAGCUGUUCAGUUGAGGAGCUGAGUGAAACUGGUGAGAAGAGCAAGAGUUGCAAGAGCAGCAUUAGCAAGGAAGAUGACUUUGUUGUUCAUGAUCACCACAGUGCAUUUAUUAAUAGUAAUAACAGCAACAAUGGCUUUGUCGGUAGUAACGUAAGUGGAGUUAGUACAAGUUGUACUGCGUAUUCUGAUGACCGCCUAGUACCGAUAUAUGGUGCAGAACUCACAAAAUGUGUUCUAGAUGUUUCUCCCAAAACUAUAGGCAGGUCAUUAAGAGACAUGUGUCAAGCUGUUUCGAUGAUAUUAAAUGGCAAAGAUAAACUUAAUGCUAAGGAUAGUAUGGGUAAUGUUAAAGAUAACAACAAGGAGGAAAUUUUGAAGUGUUGCAGUAUUGUAGAGAACACAUUGGCUAUGCUGAAAAGUUAUGAAAAGUCUAAAAUAUCACCUAAAUAUUCACUCAUUAAUAAUCUCGAUGGUGCCGCUGCUGCUGAUGAUGAUGAUGAGGAGCGAGAGGAAGAUGAUGGUCAAUCUGGAGUCAUGACUGAACUGACCAGCGUUGGUCUCAAUAUUGUGCACGAUAUACUUCAGAGGUGA